AUGUCUUCGCUUUUUGAAUUAUACGGACUAACUCGAAGCCAAAACCCGGAAGACAAUACUUCGGCUUACCCUGAGACUUCACGUAAGCGCGCCGCUGAGGAUGCUGAGAAGGAUACAACAAGCCUGGGCCCUACCUCGUCACAAAUCGUCUCUCUUUUGGCUCCCGUUAGAGAACUCGACUGGUCAGACCUAAUCCCCAAAGAACCGAGAACAAGCGAUGAGCGCAUAGCAGCUGAACUGCAUCGCCGCGGUGAGGCUGUAGUCCCAUGCGUGCAAUGUACACGCGGGGGCACCUGGGAUACCUGCGUGGUCUUUCCAGUAUACAAGGGGCGGUCCAUAUCGUCCUACGCGUGUUCUAAUUGCAUCUACCGCCACAAAGGAAAGCAAUGUACUCAUCGAAAGGCAUUUGAGGAUCAAGGUGGCAAGCCUUGGGAUUCCAGAAUCACCGCUCAGGUUGUAGCUCAUGGGGGUCUUCGCAAUGUCAUGUCCAAGGAAUCCCAAGAUUCUACAUUCAGUAUUGGUGAAACUUCCGCUACUGUGACCAGAAAGCGUAAAGAACGCGAGGCGAGCACGGAAAAUCAGACGCAAACGCAGACCACCCCGAAGAAGUCCAGCCUUAGCAGCUUCUCGCCCCGUGCGAGAUCUGCAUUCGAUGGCGAAUCCCUACCCUGGCCCGUAUCCCCUACUUCAUGGAAUAAUACCAGCAAACUACGUUCUAUCAUGAAGGACCUGAAAUCAUUUGCACACAUUACCGAAGUUCGAAUUGCGAAACUGGAAGCAGAGAGAAAGCGCAUGUCUUCAACGGACUACUGGAAUCAGGAAGCAGCAGAGCUCUUUUCUAAAGGGCAAUUAAAGUUGGGCAUGAAGGAGUAA